AUGAAUAGGAAUGAAGAUGAGACAACUAAACUAUUACAAGAAAUUAGAAACGAAGUUACUGAUUUUACUACUACAAAUUUCUUUGGUUAAGUUGUUUAGAAAUAUCAAAGUUAUGAACAAUAGUGUUUUUAAGAGAAUAAGGCAAAUAGCAUUGAAUUUGUGAAGUGCAUGAUGAAAUUUCAAAAGAGAUAAAUAAAGGAAGAAAAGAAAAUGGAGUUUAAAAUAGAUUACCUAAAAUAUGAAAUAGCAGAGUGCCUUAACACCAAUGAAAGAACUUAAUGUCAAUAAUUAGCUAUUAAUAAUAUAAUGUAGAUAUAGCAAGAAUAUUUAAAGAGCAUCGAAUUAACAUUGAAGUAAUGA